AUGAAAUUCGCUCACGAGUUCAAGGCCGCCUUGAUCCGAGAGGGCUAUCCGCCUCACUGGGUUGAGUCCGCUGUGCCGUAUGGAGCUCUCAAAAAGAUUAUCAAGAAAGUCACGUCUGAGCUAGAGAGCUUGGGGCUGGAUUCUGCUACGCUUGCCAGACUCGUGCCGGAGCACAACGCCGGCUCAUCUCCAUCUACAAGUCCAUCGGGAAGGGGCAGCAGCAUUGCUUUUCAAUAUGACUUCAGUGGUGACGAUCAGGCUUUCGAGCCCAAACUCACUCUCUUUGUAAAGAAUGGCGUUGCCGUAGACGCAACUCUGUCUCCUGAUACCAGGAGAUAUUUAGAGACCUUGGUCCAGCAACAGCGAAACGGUUGUGGGGCUUGCCAUGGAUAUCCGCCUUGCACCCAGAGCUCGGCGACAGAAAACAACUCAGCUCUAGCUGCAGAAAGCCAAAUUUCAGCUGACGAACCGGUUAUCCAACGGAUAGAGGUUCCUUUAACUUUUGACGCGGAGUUCUUCAAGACGCUGCAGAGCGAAGUCGCAACUCUUGGCGAUCUACAGGCAGGGGAGCAGACUGCUCUAGCUGAUGAGAUCGUUGCCCUUUCGAAAGAUCUCGCUUCCGUGACGAAGCCCUCAAGAUUCAGCAAAACAGAUCUAUACAGGUGGCGAGAACUGUUCGACAUCUACCUACAAGCCAUGGUCUUCUUUUCAACCCAUGAACGUGACCAUGGCACUCGAGAUAGUAAGGCCGCCACGAAACAGCUUGAAUGGUUCCAAAACGAGGUUGUACGCAGGCGGAUUGUCGAAUCGUUCAAGUUACCAGCCAGCCGACAAGCGCUGGAAAGAUUCGUAAACAUAAAUAUCACACUCUUGCGUAAUAUCAAAUUCCAAGAGAUUAAUCGCACGGCAGUUAACAAAAUUCUCAAGAGUGAGUGUCCUUCCCUUCCAGGUAGUCAUUGGCUAACACUAGCUCUCGGAAAAGAAUUCGACAAGAGGACUCGCCUUGGCGCAACCAGGAAAUUUCCCGAGCUGAUCUAUUCGAGGUCCACAAUGUCGGAGACAAUGGCAAAAGCUGUCUGUUCGCAGCUUACGCAGGAUCUUGUCAAGACCGUGCCCCAGAUCGAUGAUUAUCUAUGUCCCAUUUGCUUUACUAUAGCUUGGAGACCAGUACGGAUGAAGUGCCAUCAUAUUCUCUGCAUCAGCUGCGCGGUCACGCUUCAGCGAAAGAGGGAGAGAUUUUGUCCCCUCUGCAGGGGCGACGUGGUCUUGGCAGCGGACGCAGAUAACAUUGAUCCGACACUCGAGAAAUUUCUUGAGAAGUACUUUCCCAAGGAGGCCCGCGAGAAGCGGGUAGCGGUGGAGACGGAAAGGGGCAGGGAGCAGUUUGGCGACAGCUAUAAGCACCCAUCAGAGCAGAAAUGUUCCGUGAUGUAG